UUUUGUCCUUUGCUGAUUACUUCCGGCCGAAGUUUUUUCUUUUAGAAAACAUGAGACAUUUUGUUUCUUUUAACAAAGGCCAGACAUUCUGAUUAACGCUUGCUUCACUUCUUGAAAUGGGUUAUCAGGUGAGAUUUGGUGUUCUAGAGGCUGGGGCCUUUAGUGUUUCUCAAUCUAGGAAACGAGCAUUCAUAUGGGCAGCUUCUCCAGAAGAGACACUCCUAGAGUGGCCAGAGCCAAUGCAUGUCUUUGCAGGCCCAGAACUGAAAAUCACAUUACCAAGGGAUGUACAAUCUGCUGCCGUCAGGAGUACAGCUGGAGGGGCACCCUUCCAUGCAAUAACUGUGAGAGAUACAAUUGGAGAUCUCCCACCUGUUGGAAAUGGAGCAUCUAAAACAGAGAUGGAUGUUAAACUCUAUACUGGUCAAAUGGUGGAUUUGAUACCUUGGUGCUUGCAACAGAGCAGAGCUCGAUAAAUGCUUGCAUGAAUGGAAAGAAUCAGGUGUCUGUGAUAUGAAAGAAGUGGAGAUCAAGUUACCAUAACAUAAUUCAAAAUGUUCAACUGUUCCUUCUCCACAGCAUAGUGUAAGUUGAAAAUCCUCAACCCGACCGAACCUGAACUUUACCUUAUAUGCAGAACAUCUCUUCAUAGUGAAGAACCCAUGCCCCAACUUACAUGCACAGUGGGAUUUUGUUCCCCUAAUGAGUUUAUUCAUUGCACUACUCUUGCUGGUGUGGUCAGUAAGAGCAGUGGGGAUGAGGAUAAAUGCCUUGAAGAUCAACCACGUGAUGCCAAGAAUAAAUUUUGAUCUUAUCACCUUCACUAGGAUGGUCUUCAGACUCUUCACUUUAAGAAUCUGAGUUUUAAUCAGG